AUGAAUACUUAUUUUCCACUACUGUUAACAAAAAAAGAAUUGUAUUUUUUUCCAUCAGUCAUAGUCAUAUAUUUGGCACAAUUUUAUUUUUUACAUUCACUACGCAUUACUGAAGCAAAUAGAAACAAGAAAAAAAUGGUCGAAAUCACUUUAGAAACUGUAAAACAGCACAAUAAACCCACUGAUUUAUGGAUAAUAAUUGAAAAUAAAGUUUAUGAUUUAACCAAGUUUCGCAGUGAGCACCCUGGUGGUGAGGAAGCCUUAGAUGAGGUAGCUGGUCGUGAUGGCACUAAGGAUUUCAUUGAUGUGGGUCACAGCCAAGAAGCCAGAGAAAUAAUGAAAAAAUACUAUAUUGGAGAUUUAGCUGCCAAAGAUUGUAAAAAUAAGCUGCCACUCAGGGAAAUUGGUAUUGCCGUUGGCGCUGUGGUUAUUGGAGUUGCUGCCGUAUUUUUAAUAAAAAAGGCUUUAGCCAAAAAUUAGUUUAAAUAAAUUUCUAUUAAUUUUAUAGAAAAGAACAUUAUGUCAUUCCCUAUGUUGAUAAAAUCCAUAAAAAAGUUUAUUAUUUUUAAUGUUAUAUUGCUGUGGUUGUUGCAUAAGAAACAAAGAAAUCAUUUAAAGUGUUCAGUUUUAAAUAUAAUAAACUUUUGAAAAUGUUGCUAUAAAUAA